CAUGAUGCCUCGUAGGCCUUACGAAUUGCGUGUCAAGAGAACGCGAUAGUGCCUCGUCAGCUCAUUUCCUACCUUGCAGAGGCCAGGUUUCAUGUACAACAAGCGUCCCUCGUCCUAUCCCUAUCCAUACUUGUCCAUAUCCCCACCCCAGUCCUGUCUUUCGUCACCGACUGGAUGAGGCUCAGUGGUAGCCGUAGCCAUGCCGCCGGACACCACCGAGUCCGAACCUUCCACCUCCGCCUCCGCCGCCCCGGCCGGCACGGAGCCGUUGGCCUGCGUGUCGUGCAGGGCCCGGAAACUGAAAUGCGAUCGCACAAAGCCGGCAUGCAGCCGUUGUGUCAAGGUUUCAAAUGAGUGUGUCUAUCCAGAGUCACGGCGGAAGCCAACCUUUAAGCGAAGAAACGUUAAAGAGCUUGAGGCACGUCUAGCUCAGGUUGAAGAUUACCUCAAAGAGGUGAAUAAGAACAUUGAUGAUAAGGAGGAUGAGAGCCCCGUUCAACCGGCUCAGCCGGAGAUGGAGGUUCCCAACUUUAUUGGCGUGCCUCGGUUGGAGGAUGACUCUGAACAACCUCAAAUGUCAUUCUUUGGUCCAGAUUACUUUGAACAGUCGGAUCCAACAGAAACCCCUUCAAACACUCAGUUGAUGGGGUUGGGUAUGACAGAGUCUUUGCCCCCAGACGAAGUGAUGGAGGAACUAAACACUACGUUCUUCCAACACCAGUACCAGAUGAUACCUAUUGUUCAUCCCGGGCGUUAUCUCCAAGCCUUCUAUGGUCCCCCUAUGCGAAAGCCCCCUAUGUGCCUGCAGUACAUAAUAUGGGCGCUGGCUUCUGUUGGCCAUGCCAAGUACAACCAGUAUCAUGAGGUCUUUUACCGUCGGGCCCGGCAGUAUAUUGAGGCAGACGAGAUGAAGGGCCAUGGAGAAGCCUUCGUCUCCAUCAACCAUGCGCAGUCUUGGGCUCUCAUUGCCUUCUAUGAAGCAAAGGUCAUGCUAUUCAGCAGAUCAACCAUGAGUGGUGCAAACUGCGUCCGCCUCUGCCACAUGAUAGGACUUGAUCGCCUAGAUGGAGAGCGUCUUGGAAUGCCACCACCCUUGCCACCCGCUCUCACAUGGGCAGAGCUUGAGGAACGGAGGAGAGUCUUCUGGGGUGCCUUUUCGAUCGAUGCUCAUUGCUGCAUUUCGACAGGCUGGCCCAGCUUGCUCAACAAAGACGAUAUUGCUACUCGACUACCAUCCUCGGAAGACGCAUUCCUCGCUGACCGGGAAGAAGAAGCCCCUUUUCUGACUGACGCAUUUCGAGGAGCACAGUACACAGGAUUUGCUGGGACAGUCAUCACUUGUGAGGUCUUCAAGAGUAUUCUCCGGCAUGUUCAUAAUGCUCGACCCGACGACGGAUGUGACGAUGUCAUGAACGGGACAUACUGGAAUCGACAUCGCGAGCUGGACAACACAUUGUCCAGUCUCUUCAUGUUUCUCCCCGAAAAGUUCCGCAUGCCUGAAAACGUACGGGACGCUUCUGCCACGCAUCUGAACCUCAACCUACAUGCCUCCAUCAUUUGCCUUCAUCAUGCGGCUAUCGAGAAGGUCGAGAAGCAUGGCCUGCCUGACCACAUAAAGCAGAACAGUAUCGCUCGUCUCCGAGCGGCUGCCGAAGAAGUAGUAAACAUUAUCAGGAUCAACACGCAUGCAACGCUCUUCUUUAGAAGUCCAUUGUGCGCUCUUUCGCUUUACUGCACAACCACAGUCUACGUUUACCUGGCCAAGCAGAACCCAACAGGCGGUCUGACUUCGAUCGACCUUUCAAACCUCGACCUCAUCGUCCAAGCCAUGGAAGCCAUUGCACGAACACACACUAUCACUCGCGCCUUUCUCCAGCAGGCGUGUCUCGACAUUGAGCACAAUGGCCUCAACUCUUCAAUACGAAUGCCCUCACUCAAGAGGUUCCGCAACGCCUUUGGGGAGAGCAAGUCUCAUAUCCCUAUGCUAGUUCGAAGUGCGGUGACAAAACAUACGGAGCAUUCAUCUCUCUUCUUCGCGCACAGGAGGAAUAUAGAUACAGAACAAGAGGCCCGCAUGCAGAAUCAUCGACCAGGUAAGGACUGCUUCCAUGGCAUGCUUCGCGCCGUCACCCGUAAUGUCGCACCUCCGAGCCAAGAGGACGCGGCGACAAACAAGAGGAAGCGGAUGUCUCCAAGCCCAGGGCCUGAAAUGAUGAACGGUCAGCGUGGUGGUAACUUGCUAUCGUCCUUCACUACUUCUGGGGUAAACCUGGGACCGAGGUUCGCGGCUACAGGGACUUGGCCAACUCUCUCACCUCGCGUAACGUCAGCGAGUAUUUCGCUUCCUGACCGCACUAACUCGUCUUCAGCAUCCUCUCCAGCGAACCAAGGCUCUGGAGCUCGAACAGUAUCUGGAAGCAGCCAUACCUCACCAGAUAACGGGCUCGGCAACGCUGCAGAGGACAACCGAAUUGAUCUGAGGGCGUUGCAGGGGCGUGUAGCGACACCUAUAUGGCAAUCGAGCGAGGAAACACUUUUUGCACAAAUCACGGAAACAAUGAUUACGAAUUCUCUUCCCAGCGAUGGCACUGAUCCCUGGGGGGUACUGAAUGCCGAUUUGAACUGGGACGCAGAGGGGAUGCCUACGGGCUCCAUCAUGACUUCCUUCCUCGUCGUCUUUUCAAACCCCAUCAGCGAGUUCCUAUAUCCCGGCAGCACCGGCCGUCGCGAUGCUGCUUACUCGAGACCGCAACUUAAUGAGUCGCUGCUUGCGAUAGAUGCACCUGAUGCGACUGUCCCUGUUUGUGAGACGGAUUCGUAUGUGGCUCGCAUCUUGCACCGGGAGCCUCUUGUCGUGUACCUGGAGGGUUUCUUGAGUGAGGAGGAGAGGAAGCAUCUGUUGGAGAUUAGUGAACCCAUCUUUGAACCCUCAACCAUCACCAACGACGGCGAAGCCACACACCGCGACUCUUCAGUCCGCGACUCCUCCGUAGCCGUCAUCCCUCGCACCGACGCCGUCCGCUGCAUCGAGAACCGAGUCCGCUCCCUCCAAGGCUGGCGCUCCGACCUGUUCAUCGAGCGCCUCCGAACACAGCGGUACGGACCCGGAGGCCACUACGGACACCACUUUGACUGGAGUUCCAACACUCGGGGCUGGGGCCGUGUGAGCAGUCUCAUGGCGUGGGUCGACGGCUCCGGGAUCAAGGGCGGCGGUACAGAGUUCCCGGCACUCCCGGUGCCUGCAAGUGAGGAGUGGUGUCGGUUCGUCGAGUGUGGGGGAAACAACACGGGUGCCGUGUUCAAGGUCACCCCGGGGAAUGCCGUCUACUGGGAGAAUUUUGCGGCUGAUGGACGAGGUUAUGAUGAGACGUGGCAUGCUGGGUUGCCCGUGGAGGAGGGGACCAAGGUUGGGUUGAAUAUCUGGAGUUUUGGGCGUAUAUAG